UCCCUUAUCCACAACCAACAUUUGAAACGCACUUGGAUCUCAUAACAACGAACGCCACUGUUUGUCGAUGAGUACCGAAAGUUGCAGCUGCAACCAACAUCAUCGUCCAUGACGACAGUUUCAACUGAAUUCCUGUCGCAGAUCCCAUUUAGAACCAACCCGAAGCCCGCGUGGCAUUCAAACCCCACCACUAUCGUCACUUGCACAAUACCUCUUCUUAACGAAGGUAACACUAACAAGCGAGGGAACAACAAGGUACAUGUCAGAGUCACUAAUACGAGGUCGAAACGUGCCCAAUAUUACGACUUUCGAGAUACCCAUCUCGUGAAAGCCGUUAACAGAUUCUGCAAAGCUGGCAAAUACAGUGAGGCGCUCUAUUUUCUGGAGCAAAUGGUGAACAAGGGUUAUAAACCCGAUGUUAUUCUGUGUACAAAGCUAAUCAAGGGGCUUUUCAAUUCCAAGAAGAUCGAAGAAGCUAUGAAGGUGAUGGAGAUAUUGGAAAAGCACGGUGAACCCGAUGCUUUUGCUUACAAUGCAGUGAUUAGUGGGUUCUGCAAGGUUGAUAGAAUUGAUGCUGCUAGUAAAAUGCUUCCUCGAAUGAAGAAGAGAGGGUUCUCCCCUGAUGUUGUUACCUACAACAUUCUCAUUGGGAAUCUUUCUGCUAAAGGAAAGAUUGAUUUGGCAUUGAAGGUGAUGGAUCAGUUGCUGAAAGAUAAUUGCAAGCCCUCUGUGAUCACUUACACAAUCCUGAUAGAAGCUACUAUUAUACAAGGUGGCAUUGAUGAAGCCAUGAAGCUUUUGGAUGAGAUGUUGUCUAAAGGCCUUCAACCUGACUCGUACACUUACAAUGUCAUUGUCAAGGGUAUGUGUAAACAAGGGUUGGUGGAUCGAGCCUUUGAGUUUGUUAGCAAUUUAAGUGCAAAGGGUUGUGCCCCGAAUGUGAAUUUAUACAAUAUGCUGCUGAAGGGUCUUUUGAAUGAAGGAAAAUGGGAAGCUGGAGAGAGGUUGAUGUCCGAUAUGAUUGUGCAAGGUUGUGAGCCAGAUAUUGUGACAUAUAGCAUUUUGAUUAAUUCGCUCUGUCGGGGUGGCAAAGUUGAUGAGGCAGUGAAUGUGUUGAAGGUUGUGAAGGAAAAGGGGUUGACUCCUGAUUCUUAUUGCUAUGAUCCAUUGAUUGCUGCAUUCUGCAGAGAAGGAAGAGUAGAUUUGGCGAUAGAGUUUUUGGAUACUAUGAUCUCUGAUGGUUGUUUGCCUGAUAUUAUAAACUACAACACAAUCUUGGCCUCCCUUUGUAAAAAAGGAAAGGCUAAUGAGGCUUUGAACAUCUUUAAUAAGCUUGGUGAAGUGGUUUGUCCUCCAAAUGUAAGCUCUUAUAAUACAAUGUUUGGUGCGCUUUGGAGUAGUGGGGACAAAAUUAGAGCAUUGGGGCUGAUUUUAGAGAUGUUAAGCAAUGGCAUUGAUCCUGACAAGAUCACCUAUAAUUCAUUGCUAUCUUGUUUAUGUAGAGAUGGGAUGGUGGAUGAGGCUAUUGAGUUGUUAGUGGACAUGGAAAGUAGCAAAUAUCAACCUACGGUUAUUAGUUACAACACUGUUCUUCUUGGAUUGUGCAAAGCACACAGAAUCAUCGACGCCAUUGAGGUACUUGCUGUCAUGGUUGACAAAGGAUGUCAGCCAAAUGAAACUACCUACACAUUAUUGGUUGAAGGGAUUGGUUUUGCUGGAUGGCGAAAUUAUGCAAUGGAGCUGGCUAAAACCCUUUUUAAUAUGAAUGCUCUUUCUGAAGAUUUAUUCAACCGUUUCAGACGUUUAUACAGAACCUUUCCUGUGCCUGAUGUGUACAAUGAGCUCGCUCUAUCGGAAACUCCUUUUCUGUUAGAGACUGCAGAGCCUGAUCACUGCUUCAAGUUGUGUGAAGAAAUCAAUACAGCAAAAAUCAUUGACAAGAUGCCAACAACAUCGUCCAUGACAACAGUUUCAACCGGAUUCUUACCGCAGGCCUCAUUCAGAACCAAUUUCAAGCGCGCGUGGCAUUCACACCCCAACACUGUUGUUACCUCCACAAUCCCACUUCUAAACAAUGGUACUACUAGCAAGCGAAGGAACAACAAGGUACAUGCUAGGGUUAUUUCUUCUGAUACAACCCCCAAACAUGCCCAAAGUUACGACUUUCGAGAUACCCAUCACAUGAAAUCCCUCAACAGAUUCAUCAAAACUGGGAAUUACAGUGAUGCCCUCUAUUUUCUUGAGCACAUGAUGAACAAGGGUUUCAAACCCGAUGUUAUUCUGUGCACAAAGCUGAUAAAGGGGUUAUUCAAUUCCAAGAAGAUCGAAAAAGCGGUGCGGGUGAUGGAGAUUUUGGAAAAGCAUGGCGAGCCUGAUGCUGUUGCUUACAAUGCAGUGAUUAGUGGUUUCUGCAAUGCCGGUAGGUUGGAUAGUGCCAACAGAGUGCUUCAGCGAAUGAAGAAGAGGGGGUUCUCACCUAAUACUGUUACCUACAAUAUACUCAUUGGGAAUCUUUGCAAUAUGGGAAAGCUGGAUUUGGCCUUAAAGGUCAUGGAUCAGUUGCUGAGAGAUAACUGCGAGCCCACUGUGAUCACUUACACCAUCUUAAUAGAAGCAACCAUUAUAGAGGAUGGUAUUGAUGAGGCCAUGAAAAUUUUGGAUGAGAUGUUGUUUAGAGGGCUUCAACCUGACAUGUACACUUACAAUGUCAUUGUCAGGGGUAUGUGCAAACAAGGAUUGGUGGAUCGAGCCUUUGAGUUUGUUAGCAGUUUAAGUACAAAGGGUUGCGCCCCGGAUGUGAUUUCGUAUAAUAUGCUGCUGAAGGGUCUUUUGAAUGAAGGAAAAUGGGAAGCUGGAGAGAGGUUAAUGUCUGAUAUGCUUGUGAAAGGUUGUGAGCCAAAUGUCGUGACAUACAGCAUUUUGAUCAGUUCACUGUGUAGGGAUGGAAAAGGUGAUGAAGCAGUGAAUGUUUUGAAGGUUAUGAAGGAAAAGGGGUUAACUCCUCAUGCUUACUGCUAUGAUCCGCUGAUAUCUGCUUUCUGCAAAGAAGGCAGGGUAAAUUUGGCAAUAGAGCUUUUGGAUAAUAUGAUCACUGAUGGUUGGUUGCCUGAUAUCGUCAACUACAACAUAAUCAUGUCCUCUCUCUGUAAGAAAGGAACAACUGAUGAGGCUUUGAACAUCUUUAAGAAGCUUGGUGAAGUGGGUUGCCCUCCAAAUGUAAUUUCUUAUAAUAUAAUAUUCGGUGCUCUCUGGAGUAAUGGGGACAAAAUUAGAGCAUUGAGGAUGAUUUUGGAGAUGUUAAGCAACGGUAUUGAUCCUGACAAGAUCACAUAUAAUUCACUUAUAUCUUGUUUAUGCAGAGAUGGAAUGGUGGAUGAAGCCAUUGAGUUGUUAGUGGACAUGGAAGGUAGCAACUAUCAGCCUGGUGUUAUUAGUUACAACGCUGUUCUUCUUGGAUUGUGCAAAGUGCACAGAAUCAUAGAAGCCAUUGAGGUGCUUGCUGCCAUGGUUGACAAGGGAUGUCAGCCAAAUGAAACUACCUACAUAUUAUUGGUAGAAGGUAUUGGUUUUGCUGGAUGGCGAAAUUUCGCAAUGGAGCUGGCUGAAUCCCUUGUUAAGAUGGAUGCUAUUUCCGAAUAUUUAUUCAAACGUUUAUGCAGAACAUUUCCCCUGCCUGAUGUACAAUGAGAGCGCUUUAUCAGAAUAAACUAAAUU